CGAUAUUUCAACAACCAAUAAAUUCCACCCCGAUUGAAAGAUAUUUAUCGGCGUCUGUAUUAUCCAUUGCAACGCAGGUCCUCAUCUCAAAACUCUAAUUUCCCUCGCGAAAUUACCCAAUAAAAACUUCUUGUUGCAGUGUGUGCAGUCGAAAAAAAGAUACUUUUUGUCGUUGCUCGCCAAAGCCAGUCCCUAAACUUUCCUUUGUUCUCCCUAGCGUCGCCAUUCUUUGCUGAAAGCAAUUUAGUGAUAUUCUUGUUCCAAGAGAAAGUUGAUAUUACGAGCCACACUAAGACGUAUUCUGUGUCAGAUCACUACUGCUACUGAACGUCUAUAUAACCAACCUAUUUCCUCCAGCCAUACUAGCAGGAUUUUUCGCUUCUCAUCGAGGGACAUUCUCAUUCCCCCUAGAACCGCUAGCGAAAUCUUCCCCACGCAGGUUGACGUUAACUGAUAAAUUUAAUCAUCAGUUAUCACAUUUUUUUCAUGAUGGACACUUGAACCACUACCAAAGAGUAAGAAUUCCAAAGUAAUAAUUAGUCAAUACUACAGACCACUAACCCAUCGUCCACACACCACCACCUAUACGCCACUAGUAGCACAACCCUAGAACUUCACUGCUUAUAAACGCUAGUUCUCCUUAACCCAACUAUUUACCAUAGUCGUUGACAAUAUGAACUACAUUUCGUCCAACGACGUUCUCUACGAGAACCCCCUUGCAGCUAACCUUGAUCCUUCCACCACUGGAGGUGAUCGUGUUGAUGCUGACACAGCUGACUUCCUAAACGAACUCCGCCAUCCCUCAUCGCAAGACCUUGCCGAAGUCCCGGCUCCCUUGCAGCACGCUACAGCAUCGUCUACGUCGAGUUCCACAAACUCGGUAGGUAUGCAAAUAGACUCUUUGGGUAUUGAUCCCGUCCAACAGAACUCCGUUAGCCAGAGCCAGAAUCAAAAUCAAAUCCAAAGCCACAGGAAUGGUAACCAUGGUUCGCUCACUUUUUCCAAACCAUUUCUGGCAGAUGACUUGGCUACUCUCGCAAACGUUCACCAGAUGAACAACAAUACCAAUAACAACAACACGAACUCCAAUUUGAAUAGUAAUAACAAUAACAGCAAUAAUGCCACAUCGUCGCUUUUUGCGUUCCACAACCCGUUCGACUUUAAGUCAUACCCCAUUACCAACCCACCCAUAUUCGACUCAACCCUUCUCCUCCCGCUCUAUUCAAACGAUGGGGUCCCACGUAGAAGAAGAAUAUCCAUCUCCAAUGGGCAGAUUGGCCAGAUCGUCAACCACGAAGCUCUCUUUGAGGACGACUCUGGUUUCGAUACAGACUUGGGAGUCACUGGCUUCGGCAACAGUCAAGGACAUUCGCAAAUUAGCUCGCCUCCUCAGGCGCAACUCAGCAGUAUGAAUUCCAAUACGCUGAUUGCUGCCAUCGCCGAUCAACAACAACAACAGCCGCAACAAGUAUUCCCCGGAAACUUCAACAGCCAGGCGGUUCCGCCUCAGUAUCAACCGCAGAUUACAUUUGCUCCAGCUUCGACAUCCAUAUCCGUGUCUCCAAAUCCCCAAACACCUGUUGCAAGUCCACAGAAAUCACUCUCUAAAUCCCACUCUCGCAAAAACUCCACCGCUGUGCCAGAACUCACAGGUGUAGCCGGAGUGCCUCCUCCCAACCACCAGCUCAUAUACAACAACGAGGUUAUCUACAACCCUAACAAUGGACCUAUUCCCGGUACUGCAGCCUGGAAGAAAGAAAGACUUUUGGAAAGAAAUAGGAUAGCGGCCUCUAAAUGUAGAGAGAGAAAGAAGCAGGCACAGCUAGAGCUCCAAGGCAACAUCUCGAAGAUGAAGAGCCAAUACAAACGUGACCAGGAAAAGAUAAAGAAACUCAACAAACUUGUAGAGUUCUACAAUAAGACUAUAGUCAAACACCUCAACGACGGAAACCAGGAAUUAUCGGUAUUACGGAAGUUUAUCAACAAGGAUAUAGAUGAGAUCGACAUUAAAGAUAUCUCAUGAUUGAUAGAUUGUAUUUUAUAGAAUGAAUGAAUGUUACAGUACGGAA